AUUCAAAUGUGUAUACACUACACUGUUUAUGCAAUAUUCGAAAAAUAGAUCAAAAAAAUAUUUUAACAAUAAAGAAAACUUUUGGUACAUGAUAAAAUUUUCAUUUUGUAGAAUUAAAAUUUUCAAUGAUAUACAUUACAAUUGCAUAACAAUGAAUAAUAUAACUAUUAUUUGAAAACAAUCUUAUGUGGCUAAAUAAUAGAAAAUAUAUAUUAAUUACAAUUAUGAUGUGGUACACAUUAUUUAAAAUAAUUAUAAAAGUUUAGUAUAAAAAACAAAUAUUUUACAUCGCCCCGGGCCCAAAAAUAUUUUGAACCGGCUCUGAACCCUACCCUCACUCCCCCUCCCCGAACCUGAAUAGAGUGAGCGAGCUAGGGUUCCUCUCCAUCGCUCACUAGGGUAAACUUGGAGGAGAAAAAAAGAAUCAACAAAUUUUAUUGCCUCGGAGUAUGGUUUACAUCAGGAGAAAAUUGGUAUUACCCAUCAGCAACUGUGUUAUACGCGCCGAAGCAUGGGAUAACAAAAUGAUCACAGAUAUAAUAGGGAUGGACAUGAAUGCAGGCGGGGAGUUCUGGCAGCUGCAACUCAAGUCAGCCACCAGGGCAAAAGAUAAUUUGUUUACUAGAGUGGCAGCCGCUGAAGCGUUCGUCACAUCGAAGCUUCCAGCUCCCGACCACCACCCUGAGAAAAGAACAAAGAUCAUAGCAGUGGUGAAAGACAAGUGUGUUGUUUUUAAAAAGGAGAUGGUGAAGCUAAUUGAGUCCACUGUGGAUACUGAGGAGAUUGAGUCAACAGUCAGCAGGCCUAUCCGAGACAAAAAGAAGAGAUGGCGACAUGGACGAAACAUCGAUGAAGAGCAAGACAUGUGGCGAGCAAAUGGCAACGACGAUGAUGAAGAUGACGCUGAACAUGAGGACAGAGUUGACGAGCAAAACGUCGGCUGUGACAAGCGAUAUUCCCAGAACAAUGACAAGGACACCGAGGAAGAGCAAAGACCUUAUGAAGAUGCCGACGGGUGUAGCAGAGGACUUCAUAGCGAACAAGACAAGGCAUUUUUGUUUGUCUGGAUCAUUGUAACAUGUACUUGGAUGGAAAGGAUGCAAGUUUGCUGUGUUGGCAAUAAGCAAUGACUCCUGUAGGUGCUAGUACUAGUUGAAUGUUUCCUAGGAAAUAACUAGUAUCAUGAUUAACUAGAAUAUAUAGACAAAACAAAACCAUGCAUGAUUUUUGGGUGCUUUUACGCAUAUAAAAACAUAGGAACCAAACAUUUAAGGUUCUGCUAUAACCCAGAUUACUAUUA